GAAGUUCCAGCCUACUCAUGCCAGUUAUAGGAAACACCUGUUUGCAAGAGAGGAGACUGUUGACUUUGAAGAAAGAAGCAGAAGUAGCUCUUCUCAUCCUUGAUCAGGUCAACCAUGCGUUUGGGGAAAACCUCGAAUUUUUACUUUGCCACUGGACUGAUAGUCGGAUUUCUGUCCCUUCGCCUCCUGCUGUACACGGGUGGCUCGACAAAGCAGUCCAUUCAGUAUCUGACUCACCUGAAGCCGCAUGUCAAAGGAGAAGUUGAACUAUAUCACACAGAUGAGAAGAACAACACACCAUCUGCUCCUCUGCGGUCAGUGCGCAUCUUAUGUUGGAUCAUGACGGGACCCCAGAAUCUGAAAGGCAAAGCCAAGCACGUCAAAGCGACUUGGACCCGGCACUGUGACAAAGUACUGUUCAUGAGCUCCGUGGAGACGGACUUCCCCACUGUGGGGCUGAACGUGAGCGAGGGGAGGCAGAACCUUUAUUGGAAAACCAUUCGGGCUUUUCAGUACGUCCACCGGCACCACUUUGACGAAGCAGACUGGUUUGUGAAGGCAGACGAUGACACAUUCAUUGUCAUCGAAAAUCUCCGCUAUGUUUUGUCCAAGUAUGACACAGAGGAGCCUCAUUACCUGGGCAGAAGAUUUUCCCCUUUCGUCAAACAAGGCUACAUGGCUGGAGGAGCAGGUUAUGUCCUCAGUAAGGAAGCGCUGAGAAGAUUUAUUAAAGGUUUUGAGACCGGCAAGUGCACCCACUUCUCUGACAUCGAAGACAUGGCUCUGGGACAAUGUAUGGAGAAGAUGAAUGUGUCAACGGGGGACAGUAGAGACGUAAAGAUGAGACAGACAUUUUUUCCUUACCCACCAGAAUACUAUGUAGUCAGACAACCUCCAAGACCUCGACCUUGGUACCUGCUGUAUGAUCAUUACCCUGUAUCAGAGGGUCCAGCUUGCUGCUCGGACUUCACCGUCUCCUUUCAUUACCUUCCUCCUGACAUGCAGUAUGUUCUGUACUAUCUGACCUACCAUCUGAGACCAUAUGGAUACAAAUACAGGUUCAAUCCUGGUAAAAAAAACAAAACAAACAUGAAAUGA